UCAUGAUAAUGAGGUAUUCAAGAUGGCGGAGUAAGCUAGUUUGUGCGCCAGUUGCUAUAGUUUUGGAUGGAUUUUAGUAGUGAAAUAUGCCCAGAAAGAGAAAUGGUGAGUUACCUUUACCCGAGGGAUGGGAUUUCGCGCGGGAUUACGAUGGAAAAGUGUAUUUUAUUGACCACAACAGCAAGAAAACCACUUGGAUUGAUCCUAGAGACAGGUUUACCAAGCCGCAGUCGUUUGCCGAUUGUAUCGGUAACGAGCUGCCGCUGGGCUGGGAGGAGGCGUACGACCCUCACAUCGGCGUCUACUACAUCAACCAUGUCAACCAAUGUACGCAGUUGGAGGACCCGAGACUGGAGUGGCGAGCGAUACAGGAGGCCAUGCUUAGAGACUACCUGCAUACGGCACAGGACGUGCUUGAGGCCAAGAAGGAAAUCUACGAUGUAAAGCAGCAGAGGUUGUACUUGGCGCAAGAUGAGUACAACCAUCUCAACAAUGUCCUCAGCACUCUCAACACCUCCCGCACCAGCUUGUGUUCGAGUUCGAGCAGUGUGUCCACCAAGUUCGACCCGGACCUACUCAAGAACGACGUCGCCCACGCUCGCAACAGAGUGUCUCGACUGAAACGUGAGCUAGAACAGAUCAGAGCAGAGAUGUCCUGCACGCAACGCGGAGUGGAAACUCUUGUCUCGGUGGAACAGAAACUGUCCGGGCCGCAAGGUGGCUGCUAUAACAUCACGGAGGCCCAGGCCAUCAUGGCGGAGCUGAGAGAGAUACAGCGCAGUCUGAGCUCCGGGGAGCAAGAGAAGGUGGAGCUGAUGAGGAGCUUGGCCAAGCUGAAGGAUGACCUGACGAGGCUACAGCUGUGUGAGAGUUCACCAGACGUCAGUACGUUGAGUCUACCAGCAGCGACAGACAAGCUGAGUACGGCGUCACAGACGGACCUGUCCGGGGAGCUGGUGGGCAUGGGCACGCGGCUGGCAGAGAUGGCGCGGAUGAGGCUAGAGUACGACGAGGCACGCAAGCGAGUGCAGGCCACUCAACAACAACUGGCAGACCUGGAGGAGAGUGUGGCGCCGGGCCAGGCCGAGAGUGACAAGGACAGACUGCUGCUGUUCCAGGAGAAGGAACAACUACUGCGGGAACUGAGGGCGAUCACACCACGGUCACGGUCUUCUCAGGAGAUGGUACACAUACAGGAUGAAAUUCGAAGGCUAGAACAAGACCUCAACAAUGCGCUAGAAAUGAGCAAUAGAGCAAUUACUGACAGGUUGAGGCUACAUGAAGGCAAGCAGGCGCUGUUGUCACAACUACGUGAUGCACUGAGGACCAUGACACAGCUGGAGUCUCAGCUACGUACACUGUCAGCCUCUACAUUGAGUGUCAGCAGCAGUAGCAGUCUGGGCAGCCUCAGCACUACUAGCAGCAAGGGUAGCCUCAGCAGUGGUCUCAGCUUUACUGACAUCUACGGUGGACCAGCAGUGGCCAGUACGCAGGACAAGCCUAUAGACAUGGUGGAUCUUCACAGGCGAGUGGAGAGGUUGCUGAGAGGAGAGCCAUGUCCCCCACCCCCCGCCUAUGAGCCACCCCCCACCCUUAUGUCGGAGGGAGGAGGCAAUAUAGUGUGUGCGCCACUGUCACCCAUCUGUGAGACAACUACACCUCCUUCUGUGAGUGACGAGAGUGUGGCCGGAGACUCGGGGGUGUUUGAGGCAUCCAACAAGAGUAGCCAGCGCACGCUCAGUGAUAUGAACCUCGACACUGCGCAGGUCCAGAUCAAACUCAGGUAUUCAGUAGAAGACAGUGUUCUGCACGUUGGUAUUGAACGAGCGAGAAACCUGUCUGCCCUCUGUAUUCCUGAAUCUUCUCAAGUGUACAUCAAGGCAGUGAUGUUGCCCAGCGGAGGCAGCAACGUGUUGUCCUGCUGUACCAAGCCAGUAUCAGACCUCAACAGGCCCAGGUUUGGUCAAAGCUUCCCUCUACAAGUUCCACUACACAAGUUGUGUACCAAGACACUACAGAUCAACGUCUGGUCACUGUCUCUCACCAAGGAAACUGAGUGUCUGGGUUGUGCGCAAGUGAGCCUAGCAGACUUCAGCCUUGAGUCACCCUGGCAGAGGUGGUACAAUAUCUUGAGUUUCCGCUUCAUGCAGUCAGACACUCCUCUACCGUCCGCUAGUCCUGUCCCUACCGCUACCAGAGGCCCCCUACCUACAGCAGUCGCUGCGCCACGCGAGGAGAGCAGUGAUGAAUCCACCAUCAUCUCGUCCCAAACAUCCACCCUGACGAGGAAUCAAGGCUGUGAGGGAGCUGCUAGUUUGGCUGGUCUGAGGCUGGAUGAGCUGGACAGUGAAGAGGAUGAGGAAGACGAAGAAGAGUAUGAUGAAGAGGAGGAUGAGGAUGAAGAAGGAAUUGAGAUCUGCUGUCACGAGGAGUUGGAGCAAGUCCUUGAACAUCCGAAUGAGUCAGAAGGAGUGGAUACGGAAGACAAGGAGACCAACACAGAAUGUAUAUUCCUGCCUCGUGGUGUCAAGUCUAACUCCCAGCCCAACAUUGUCAUCAAACGGUCACAGACAUUCUCCCCAGUGGCCAAGAACCAGUACAUCUGCAGGCUAAACCGAAGCGACAGUGACAGUUCGAUGCCACUUUACCACCGAAGAUGUACCAGUGGCGGUGGUGGAGGACCGUUCCAGCGAGGAGCUGUGGAGCGACGGUCGCUGCGCUGGGCUGGACGUAGGCCGCGCAGUCACGGACCUCGUGCACACAACCAUGGCCCGCGCACCAGCCUAGACCUGGAGUUGGACCUGCGAGCACAGCAGACGAGACAACAAGCACUGCAGGACGAGCUGCAGAGGUUACGAGACCUCAAGGCUAGGUUGGAGGUGGCCAGAGAGAAGGGUGACCAGGAGCUGGCGGCGUGGGUACUGGAGGACCAGCAGUUCCAGAAUCUUAUAGCUCAGGCGGAUGGAAAGAGUGCAGAUGACAAGAAAGUUGAAAAGUUGCUGAAGAAAACUUCUAGAGAAAUCUACAAGCUGAGGAAAAGUAAAGCAGGGAAGGGGAAACCAGAUCUAAUCUCAUUCAAAGAGAAGAUGGCGUUCUUCACCAAGGCCAACGUGACAGUGCCCGUGCUGCCUGCGCCUUCGCCAGCGGACACGGAGGGAGGAGUGUUCAAGUACACCGUGGACAGAACACUCGGCGUGGAGGUGUAAACAAUACACACAAACACACUCACACACCACACACAGCUAGUCAGUCCCACCUUCAGCCUUAGAUCAACUAAUUAGUAUUGUAGCAUUUGUAAAUACGCUCAUCGGCCAUAAGUAGAUCUGAUGUUGCCAAAAUAAGCUGUCUCUGUGCCUGGAUGUUAGAUGCCUUAUCUAUACACGGUAUUUUUUUAACUUUUUAGAUCACUUUUACUCUUAGACAUAUCGUAAUUGUUAGACAUUCUGAGUAAAAGUGCUUUAUACGAUAUUUUAAAAGCAAUUAGAUAUUCUAAUCGUCUUUUUAAACGUGUCUUUCUUCACCUUUUUAGCCCUUACACGCUAGAAAUACUAAAAUAACUGAGCAAUUUGAGUAUAGUGUUCUCUUGUGCCUGUAAAAAUUAGUGUACAGAUCAAUUUAUGCUUGUGUAAAAAUUGUGAAUAACCGACUCGAAUAGAUUUCAUAUCUAAUAUUUAUUUAAUUGUAAUUGGACUUUGAUGAAAGUGAGUCUCGAUUGAGGUAACGCACACGGUAAAUUAAGCUCACCUCAACUAUAGAGAUUAAUGUUGCUCAAAUCAUUGUUAUAAGUUUUUAAAGUUUAUUAAAAGAGCCACUGUAGCAGUCUUUUUUUGUAAGUCUGCUACGACGAUGCACUUUUGGUCAGUUGUUAAAAUUUUACACACGUAGCCUUUAACUUGUUACCGAAUGUUUGGUAAGUAAAAUUUUAUCGAAACACCAGUUAUAUUUGUAUCUAUUAAAUUAUGUUUAGUUGUUGUUAGUUGUAUAGUAAGGGGGGUGCUAUUCUGUGUCGGGGGUUUAUGACAAUAAUGCGUGUAAAUUAUUUUAUUUUAUUAUUGUUGUCUUGUGUUAAUCAUAUUUUUGUAAUAUAUGUACAGAUUCUUAUUAUUUUAGGUAAUUUGUUUAUUAUAAUAAAAUCAUUAAAGUAAACUGUUUCCUAUUAAA